GCUGGCGACAACCAUAAUUCACAUUGCACACCUGUUCCUCUCACCUCGCAAUCAAUAUCUGAGCCACUCCAACAGCUACCUCCUACUUCACCACAGAAACGUCCAUCGCUUUAUCGGGUGCGCGAAAGGGUUGCUGUCUGUGGUCGCGCCCAUGCUGUGUCUAGAAUGAUCGCAGCAACACGUCGUUGGUUCCGACGGAAUAGAACAAAUCUGGUCGUUGGCGCUGGAGUGCUGGGAGCAGGCUAUCUCGCCGGGCAAUAUGUGCUUAGCAAGAUCCAGGAGGCGCGACAGCGCAUGAGUGAGGAGAGGGUGGCCAAGGAGAAUCUACGACGACGAUUUGAGCAGAACCAGGAGGACUGCACAUAUACUGUGCUUGCUCUGCUCCCGACGCUUCAUGAUGACAUUGUCGGUGCAUUGCCGGUAGAAGAGAUCACGGAGGAACUGCAACAGGAGCGAAGGGAACGGCUACAGCGACUAGGACAAUCCGAGGCGGCAUCGUCUGAAUAUCCCUCCGCGCCAUCGAGUGCAAUUGACGAUGACGGCAAGAGUCUCGCCAGCCUGCAGAGCAGCAGCUAUAUACAUGCCAGCCAAGUCACGCACGGCACACUCGACGUACCAGGAGGAGCAGCAUCCUCUUCGAAGCCCAAACGCAGCAAGGGACAGCUAUGGCAGGACAUGAAAAUCCAGUCCAUCACGCGAGCUCUGUCGCUGCUGUACACCAUGUGCCUGUUGACCUUGCUCACACGCAUCCAAUUGAAUCUGCUGGGUCGUCGGACCUAUCUCUCAUCCGUCGUCGCUCUCGCGUCUCCCCCACCUGCCACGCAGGCCUCCACGAUAUCGCUCGAGAACAGGGAUGACGAUAACUACGACAACGUCUAUGGCAACGAUUUCGAGACCAACAGAAAGUAUCUCACGUUCAGCUGGUGGCUGUUGCACCGCGGCAGCAAACAGAUCAUGGGGCGGGUCAUGGCGGCUGUCAAAGAAGUGUUUGGUCCGGUCAACAUUCGGGAAGACGUCACCCUGGAACGCCUAGCAGACCUCAUCAUGCAGGUCCGAAGAAAAAUUGAAGGAGCUACAGAAGAGGAGAGACGGGGCCAGAAGUGGUUGGAAUAUCUCCUGCCGCCUCAAGCGGAGGAAGAAUUCGUGAUACGCCAGUCCGGAUCCUCCUCCGACGACGAAUCACCUCUGCGACGAGACUCGGAUCCAUUGAUGGAGGCGGGAGAAGAGCUGAUCACCGAAAGUUUGCGCAGGCUACUGGACGAGACAUCCGAUCUAAUCGAUUCCCCUGCCUUCUCAUACGUCCUCACGCGACUCCUCGAUGCCUCCUUCUCACAUCUCGUUGACUACCGCAUUGCAAUUGAAGCAUUCCGGCAAGCACCUUCUGGUAGGGAAGCAGCAAGAAUUGUCGAGGUUGAAGAAAACAAAUGUAAAUUGGCCCAUGUGCUACCCAUCUUCUGCAAGCAAGCACAUGUGAUUGGCGCUGGCAGUGGUGAGUUGGAAACUAUGGCUGGUGUCGCUGCACAAGAACCUCUUGGGAACGAGUAUUUGGCAGCCGUCGAUCAGGUCAGCGACCUUGGAGCUUUCGCGGCAGUCAUCUACUCGAGCAAUUUUGAGUACGAAGUCCCGCAAGAUGAGGACAAUCGAACAUCUGGGAGACGGCAUGGCCAAGGAGUAUCCACGGGUUCGAGCAGUUCUUUCUCUGGUGAGCUUGGGGAGACAUUGAGGACGACGGCAGAGGAGAUGCUCGAAGAGAGUGAUGUUUUCGUUCUGAAUCAUGGGCAAGAGGACGAUAGUGCGCUUGCUGGUUCAGCGAAGAGUGACUUCGACGCUGCCUGGAAGAAGGCUACUUCGGACCAAGGAGAGCAGAGCACCUCUGAUCAGGCGGAGAAAGUCGCAUCAGAAUCCCAGGAGGAAAAAGAACCUCCGUCUGCGCCGACGGAGCCACCACCGCCAGAGGGUGUGAUUAAGCUGAAUUGACGAGCGCUCAAUUUACCGCGCAGGUAUUGGUUAUGCAUGUAACAACCUCUCACAUUCUGUGCCACACUUUUCUCCGCAUGGACUUUCUCAAGAUGCACUUGGGAACAGAUCCCAAACCGCGUUGUUCCAGACUUGAUUUUUCGCGGGCAUCUCGACAUGUAAGCCUUCAGGUUGAUCUUCCAACAUGGUUCCAUACAUGUAAACCUGUUGUCCCGUCCUCUACAAGCUAAAGCGCGUGCGCACCUUUUCAUCUCCCGCCUUCCACUGCCACUCCUGCCCACUCGCCUUCUGAAUCCCCUUAUCCACUCUCCUCAACUUCAUCGUAAACCGCGGUCCCAGCUCUUGCAAUCCCACUCGAAUAUCCUCCGCGCCCUUCAUCGGCUUCCCAUCCGCGCCCUGGAUCGGCUUCUCCGUGCCCCUCUUAUCCCGAAAGACGUAGCGAUGUCUGCGCAAAAAAAUGUAAUCGCGUUGAUUGUGUAAGGUCAGAACUUGCCGACCCUGGAUUUCUGGACGUGGCGGAAAGAGCGAUUUGAAGAGAUGCGCCGUCAGGAGACCGAGAGGCGUGCGAAAGCCGUUGAGGAUGAGUUCUGGGUAGUGGUUGGUGGGGUUUCCGUGGCCGGGCAGUUUGUUGCCGGGGAUCCAUUUGGAUAUGCUGAAGUGGAACAUGGGGCCGUGCGGGAGGUGGACAAUGUCGAUCCCUUUGGGGCGUUUUUGGUCUUCGUUGAGGAUGACGACGUGCGUGUAUCCUCGGUCGGGAUCGGAGGCGUAGGAGCAGAUCUCGCGGAUGCUGUAUUUGUAGGCGUGGAAGUGGGCGGUUCGUUUGAUGUAUUUGCUAUUGGGGAAGAGUCCUGUGAGGAGCUGGCCUUCGUGGUGUAAGGUGGAGUUGAUGGAUGUGGUGAUGAGAACUUUCGGCUCGCGAUCCGUGUCCUCGAACAGACUGGGGAAUUUCGCUUUCAGUGCUUCCGGCCGUACUGUGAGAUCUGUCACUCCUGUCGCUGCUGACGGUGCUAUGCUCGGCGCUUCGCUGGGGGCGCGUUUGGCUGGUCUGCGUGAUAUGCCAUCCUCGUCUUCGUCCUCGUCCUCUGCUUCGUCUGCCUCCUCGCCCUCGGAGUCGGAGUCCAACAUGCUGUCGUGCUCAUCGUCGUCGUCGUUCGGUAGUACGUCCUUUGCGUCCGCGUCUGGCACCUCUGCGUCGUCUUUGGCCUCUUCUGGCAGUAGUUCUGAGACAUCUGCAACACUCUCCAAUUUCCUCCGUUUCGGGUCGAGAAUGUCGUACGCUCUCCCUAGACCAACGUCGUCCUCAUCGCCCGAAUCGAUCUCGUCCCAGGUGCGCUUCUGAUCAAUGGUCGCUGGCACAUUCUUCGCCCGUCGCUGAUCUCGCAAGUGUGGAUUUUUGUCCUCGUGUCUGCGCCGGCGCAUGCGCUCGUCUCGUUUCUCAUUCUCCUUCUCCCUCUUGAGCUUCUGGUGUUGCUCGUUCCUCUUCAGCUUGUUACCAAUCUUGUUCGGAUUGAAGGAGCCCAUGGUCACUUCGCGAACUGUUAUUCCAGUAUUGUCG